AUGCGCCUGAGGUCGCUGUUUGGAGCGUCGCCUCCUUCUUCUCUUUCGCUUUUGCUGUGAAAAUGGAGAAACGCAGCGUGGACUCACGGGUCAAAGGAGUCAGCACAGGGACCACCAUCCUGGCUGCCACGUUUGAUGGAGGGGUUGUGAUUGGUUCAGAUUCCAGGGCUUCCAUUGGAGGGGAUGACGUGUCAUCUAAGACCAUCAACAAGGUGGUCCAGGUUCAUGACCAGAUCUUCUGCUGCAUGGCCGGCUCGCUAGCAGAUGCUCAGGCCGUCACCAAGGCUGCAAAGUUCCACCUGUCACUCCAUAGUGUGCAGAUGGAGAGCCCUCCACUGGUGAUAGCAGCAGCAUCGGUGCUGCAGGAACUGUGCUACAACAACAAAGAGGAGCUGCAGGCGGGCUUUAUCACAGCAGGCUGGGACAGGAAGAAGGGACCUCAGGUGUACGUGGUGUCUCUUGGUGGGAUGUUGAUCGGUCAGCCGGUGACCAUCGGAGGCUCAGGCAGCACCUACAUCUACGGCUACGUCGACGCCAAAUACAAAGCCCACAUGGGCAGAGAGGAAUGCCUGCAGUUUGCCACUAAUGCUUUAGCUCUUGCUAUGGGCAGAGACAACGUCAGCGGAGGCGUGGCUCACCUUGUGGUCAUCACGGAAACUGGGGUGGAGCACGUGGUUGUCCCCGGCAACCAGCUGCCCAAGUUUCACAACGAGUGACAGCAGGAAUUCUUCACUUUUGUUUUUUAGCUUCAUUUCAGUAACUGUUUGAAAUUCCUGAUCCACAAUCUCAUCAAUAAUGUCCUGUAUAGGACUGGAAUGUAACACAUUCUGCACACACACACACACACACACCUUCACAACAAGACCAUGAAAAUGAUUCCUGCUAAUUGCAAAUUAUAGAUAUGGCAACAGUGGUGAUAAGUUUCAUAGUUCUUACAAAGUCAAUAACCUUAAAAACGACUCCAUCUGCCUUCACAUUUAGUUUUUUUAUGUUUGGAAAUAUUUGAAAUAUUACUUUCCAUUUGUUGAGUGCAUUACAAUAUCUUGAUCAUUAUUAUGUGCCGUGUUCUCUGUUGUAGUUUCAUGUAUCAUUUUAAGGUCUUAGAAUGUACUCUGAUGCAUAGCGUAUGUCUUCACUGUUUCAUGGCUGUGGAUUCACUUUGGUCCACACAAUCUAACAGUGAGGACGUCACACAGUCUGAAACACACUUAAAGACGAGGUCGUCACUCAAAGGUGUCACAGGGCAGGAGGGCCCAGAAUGAACAAGACACUGUCAAGACCACGUAGGCAGGAAGGAGGACCCAAACGCAGAGUUCUGCACAGAGAAAUACUUUAAUAAAUUCAAAUCCAAACGCAGACAGGGACCAGGAACUUAGAGACAUAGGGACACUAUUCAGGGACAACAAAAUAAAACAGGAAACAAACCCAAACCGUGACAGACACAGUCCAA